AUGAGGGAGGACGAUUCAAACUGGUUCCCCAGAUGGGGGGAGGAGCUGCCGCCGCCGGAGGAGCUCACGCCCCUGUCCCAAACCCUAAUCACCCCCGAUUUGGCCAUGGCCUUCAACAUCCACGCGCCCCACGCGCCGCCGCGGCCCAAUUCCUCCGCCGAGCUCGAAUCUCCGGAGCGGAGCGCGGCCGCGACUGGCUCUGACGAGCCCGCGAGGACCCUGAAGCGUCCCCGCCUGGUUUGGACCCCGCAGCUCCACAAGCGGUUCGUGGACGCCGUUGCCCAUCUCGGGAUAAAGAACGCCGUCCCCAAGACCAUCAUGCAGCUCAUGAGCGUCGACGGCCUCACCAGGGAGAACGUCGCCAGCCACCUCCAGAAAUACAGGCUCUACCUCAAGCGGAUGCAGAGCAUCUCCGCCGGCGGCGGCGGCGGCGGCGGGAUCCCGGCGGUCUCCGGCGUGGACCCUGCUACCGACCGUCUCUUCGCCAGCUCGCCGGUGCCGGCCCAUUUCCUCCACCCUGGCCGGACUGGAUCAGAGCAUUUCCUGCCGUUUGUUCGUCCGGCGGCCAUGGCAGCUCAUUAUCCCCAGCAGCAGUUCAGGCAUUUUGGUGGCUCGUCGCCUAACGGGCAGUUUGAGCACUCGUUCGUGAGGCAAUCUCAGCAGCAAAUGCAGAGAAUGCCGAAUUAUGGCGAGGAUUUGGAGUCGGGGAAGAAAGUUCUCACUUUAUUUCCUACUGGAGAUGAUUGA